GGCAAUACUGUACUUAUCAUACAAAUGGUUGAUCGGUAAUCUAUAAAAGCGCUGUUAAUUUUUUUUUUUCGUGAAAAAUGUCUAUUACAUUUAGUGGAAGAAAUUCGCGAUCAGCAGGUGUAAUAAGUGCAAUUGCAAGGCAAUUAAAAGUAAUAAAUUUUAAGCCAGCAAAGAAAAUUACAGUCGAGUUUGAUCCAUUUCAUGAAAAAUCCAACUCAGUGAGGAAGUUUAUGUAUUACAUAAGUGCACAAAAAUAUAAAAAUACAAAUCCAAAAUGUUUGUUUAAAACAUCCAUUGUUUGCGAUCGAUCAGAGCCAACAAUAACAGUUGAUUUAGAAUCUGGAGAUAAAUUGGUGAUGAAAAGCAGUAACUUGACAACAGUAGAAUUACUUCAAUUGUACAAUAAGCAUGUAACAUCCCUUGUGCCACCUCCAAAGGAAGAAGAUAAAGUCGCAACAAAAGGCAAGAAAUUAAAAAAGAAAUAAUCAAAUUUCAUUGCAAAAAAAAAGAAGCACGAUGAAUUAGUAAGUUUACUAAUUAUAUGAUAAAAUUUUAUGAAAACAAAGAUUGCCUUCAAUUUUAUAAGUUUACGAGCAUAUUUUAUUUUUUAAGCCAAACUGUGCUCUUGAAAAUAUAAACCAAAAAAAAAAAAGUAAGAAAAACGCUUUCAUGAAUUUCUUUUCUCUUUUUUAAUCCACAUAUUUAAGGAAUAUAAACAAUUUGAAUAUGUCCUACAUUGUCAAUUUAUGAACGAGUACUAGAAAGAUUAAUCCCAGCGAAAGAAACACAAAUUAAGCUCCAAACUUGUUUCAAAUUUUGGAGAUUAAUAGCGGGAAAGUAGAAAGAGCUUCUUUUAAAUAUAUAAAACGUAGGGCCAUCUCAGGUUUUCUUCACAAAUAGUUCUAUAAAAGAAUCGUGUCUUCAAUUUAGAAUUUACUUUCCUAUCAAUCAAUAAAAUCUCCCAAAACUUUCUUUUUUCUUUGAAAAAAAGAAAAAGAA